AUGCUGGGUGCGCAAUCCUUAGCAAACUCCACCACCUUUACCAAUGGUGUCGCUCUCAACGAGACUGGACUGAAGUUCUGGAAUUACACACUCUACGACAAUGGCACACUGUCCAACGGCUCGCGCUGCUUUCUCGCUUUUGGCCCGCAUAAACCCAUCCUUUUCUCGAACGGAACGUUCGUCAAUACGACCUCAUGCUACACACCCAUCAAUCCCAUUGGUGCCCGGGGCAUAACCGGACUUGUCUUUGGCUCUCUCUUUGCCCUAACGAUUCUGUUCUCCACGAUCAACCUUAGGAAACAUGGCCGCACAUACCUGCCUCGAGAAAGAGGGUGGAAACCGGUGGGCAGACGCUGGCCGUGGUAUUGGACCUUGGCGGUCGCCGCUUGUGGCAUCUUGAGCUCUUUUACCGCUGUCGACGUGGACAGAGACUACAUCGUCAACACGCCCAUCAUCCUCCAAAGCUUCUUCCUGGCCUUGAUGAUUCCGGUGUUGCUGGCUUGCGUUUGGGAAGCUGCGAGAAACUGGAGCUCAUUCUGCCAUCGUCAAUUCCAAGAGGCACAAACAUAUGCCUUGUCGGCUAACGCAUUCCACGAAAAAGCCAAUUUCUACCUUCCCUUACUCUUCUACGCCUUCGACUGCGCGGUGUUCUUCACGCUUGUUCCACGAUCUUGGUCGUUUGCCCAGAAGCAACGUUCGCCCACGCAGACUCAGGGAUUGGCUAGACCUGUUGCCCUCGACGCUCGAUUCAAAUCGGCCUCUGUCCUCGCGACAGUCUGUCUUGGACUUAUUGUCUUUCGGUUGGGUUAUGGCAGCAGGACCUACAGGGCAAAUAUCCCUACAACACUCUUACUGACUAUCAUUUGUCUCGGCUUACGCGUUGCGUACGUUCUUGCGGGAUCUUGGGUAUGGGAGCUAUCCCCAUUUCGUCGAGACUUGAGCGUUGGCUUGUUGUACGGACUCGGAUACGCACCAGCUCUUCUCAUUCUUGUGCUGCUCAACAUCCAUGGAUACAUGAAUGAAAAUGAAGACAAGGUAUUGAUUGCCCUGCGCGCGUCGAGGGUCGCAAACCGCCAGCCUGGUGGUUUAGGUCCCAGAGCCGCUCCGCAUCGCCAGGUGGAGUCUUCAGAAUGCCCAGCUCCUCCAGAAGACCUCCACUGGAAGAAAUUUCUCAUGCGACAAAUACAAGCCGAGCAGAGCAACAAGAUGAAAGUGGACACGCUUGGUGGCAGCGGCGUAGGCAAGAAGAAGACGCCAGACGGUGGCACUACGGGCAUAGACUCGCGAUUUACAGACACGGACAGCUCACUGCCACCUCCACAAUAUCAGAGGGACACACCCUACGAAUCCCGCAGAGACGGUCUGUCGCAGCCUGAGUCGUCCACCCACUCGCUACAAUCGCCACCUCAGGUAGUCAGGAGUAUGCUUGACGUCUGA